AUGGCGAAAUCAAAAAGGUCGCGCCCUCCGAGUGAAUCCAAAAAGCCUCGCCCUCCGAGUGGCUUCAUAUUGUAUCGCGUGAAGUGUUCUAAAGAACUACGUGAAACGUACCCAUCUGUGCCUCAACGAAUCUUAUCAAAAUGGAUUUCCGAGAAGUGGAAACGUGAACCAGACGCAGUGAGAUACGAGUAUCAAAAUCGUUCGACAUUAAUGUACACGGAAAUACGUCAGAACAAUCCAUACUGGUCCUGCAAGAGAGAUGAUGAAACUAAUCGUUCAAUAUUAUCAACAAAUCCACGUCCUCGAGAUGUUCUGGAAUAUUUGCCGUAUCCAAUGGUUUCAGAAAAGGUCGUCGGGGGAUCAAGUGGCGCAUCUGAAAAUGAAGCUAAUUUUAACAUGGAUGACUACAUAAAUUACUCUGCGUCUCCUUAA